AUGGCUCUUCUUGUUGACAGCCUCGUUCCUUCCGCCGUAUACAAUGCGCUGCCUUUGAUCAGCGAGGUAGCUGCGGCCCCAGACACCCGGUCCCUGGAUCUCGAGGACCUCCGCACCCUGCUCCGCCAACACAAUGUCCCUAAGGGUGUCAGCGUCAGACUGCUUCAUAAGCAUUUCGACACCACCCAAGGGGAGGUCAUGGUGCUCCAAAAUGUUCCCGUCCCCGGUCAUGGCCACGUCAAGAUUCUGAAGCCGGUUGUGCCCGACGAGAACAGCCAGCUUCGGGGCAUACACUUCUUCGUCACAGAGGACGCGGGCUUUCAGGCGUACGAGUACGCCAUCGGAAAUGCGCCCGAAAUAGGCCUCUCCCACGCCUUCCUCGCUGAAUUCGCCAGCCUUGUUGUGGAGAGGGGACUGCAGCGCACCUUUGGUCUCAAGCUGCUUUGCGAAGAGGAGGGGGAGGAGGAGCAACAGGCGGGAUGGACCGAGUUCGAGCUUCACACCAAACGGGGCACCAUCAUGUUCCCGAAAGGAAUGCCCAUGCCCGCUAGUGACGAGAUUGACUUUACCGUCACGACGGAAUGGGAGGGCAUUGUCGUGGAAGAGGCCACGAACCCGCUCACGCAGACCACUGCGUGCGCGCACACCUCCAUCAUCUGCCACCACUGCAAAGGCCACAAAUCCAAGGCGGCCGAGGAAAUCGUAGACGACUAUUGCGUCGGUGGCCAGAAAAUUCUGCCAGGAACGGCCAUGCACGACAUUGUUCGUCAGAUUGUGGCCGCAUUCUGA